AUGAAGAGGAGCAGCGAUCGUGAUGCCGUGGUUACGGGGAUUCGAAAGUGUUUGUAUUCGAGGAGGAGGUCGAGGGUGUUUGAGAUGACGGCGGGGAUGACGAAGGAGGAGAGGGGGGAGGCGAAUUUGGGGUUCGGAUGGUAUGGAGCGGCGGCGGACGAUGUCGGGAGGACUAAUGAUGGAGCUCUGGGGGCUGAGGAUGCUCACGGCGUCGGUGUUCAUCUCUCCCCACCUCAUUUUCCUUAUGCCAGCUCGCGGCUAUCUGAAGCAGAUGAAAACGGGGAGAAGCGCAUCGUCUUGUGCCGAAUCAUCAUGGGAAACUCCGAGAGGGUGGAUGCAGGUUCUGCUCAAUACCACCCAAGCACUGGUGGAUACGACAGCGGCGUCGACGAUCUGAGGAAUCCGAAAUGGUACAUAAUUUGGAGCACUCACAUGAACACCCACAUUCUCCCCGAGUACAUUGUCAGCUUUAAACCAUCAACCCAACGUCAAGGUAUUCAUGCGGCUGUGAACUCGACGGCGAUGACGACAAGGAGAUGGCCUUCUGCAGCCCAGGGACUCUCUUUUCAGAAGCUACUGUCUGAGAUGGGAAGGUCUCUGCCAUCUUCCAGUACGCAAGCUUUACAGAUGCUUUAUAACAAACAUAAGGCAGGAAAAAUGAGCAAAGAUGCUUUCAUCAGAUGCCUCAGGUCUGUGGCCGGUGAUAAAUUAUUAGCUUCCACAAUCAAGAGAAUGCGAGGGUACUGAAUUUGAAGCUGGAUAGACUCGAUCAUGAUGGCAGUUCUGUGGUCAUUUGGGAUUUUUUGUUAGAUUUAUAUGUAAUGGUACUUUUGGUAGGAUUUUGUUCCUCCUCAAGUGUAAUGAUAUGAGAAGAAAAUUUGUACAAAUUUCCUAUACAGUUGAACUAGUAUCUCGCAAUUUAUGUCAGUUUAAAAUAUUACAUUUUA